CCAUCCCUACCAUCCGUCUCUGGUCGCGCCUUUUGCCCCCUCCAACCCUUCGCCUCGCUCGCCGAAGAAGCUCAUCCCUCACCUCGGAAACCCUAAGGCCAUGGCGGAGGGACUGAUCCUCAAGGGCACGAUGCGGGCCCACACCGACAUGGUUACCGCCAUCGCCGCCCCGAUCGACAACGCCGACAUGGUGGUCACCUCCUCCCGCGACAAGUCCAUCAUCCUCUGGCACCUCACCAAGGAGGAGAAGGUCUACGGCGUCCCCCGCCGCCGGCUCACCGGCCACUCCCACUUCGUCCAGGACGUCGUCCUCUCCUCCGACGGCCAGUUCGCCCUCUCCGGAUCCUGGGACGGCGAGCUCCGCCUCUGGGACCUCGCCACCGGCGUGUCCGCUCGCAGGUUCGUGGGCCACACCAAGGACGUGCUUUCUGUGGCAUUCUCCAUUGACAAUCGCCAGAUUGUGUCGGCAUCUCGCGAUCGCACCAUCAAGCUGUGGAAUACUUUAGGAGAGUGCAAGUACACGAUUCAGGAGGGUGACGCCCAUACUGAUUGGGUCAGCUGCGUGAGGUUUAGUCCCAACAAUCUGCAACCCACCAUUGUAUCUGCUUCGUGGGAUCGAACCGUCAAGGUCUGGAACUUGACCAAUUGCAAGCUCAGGAACACCUUGAUGGGACAUAAUGGCUAUGUGAAUACGGUAGCUGUCUCUCCUGAUGGGUCACUCUGCGCUAGUGGUGGCAAGGAUGGAGUGAUUUUGUUGUGGGACUUGGCAGAGGGCAAGAGGCUGUAUAGUCUCGAGGCUGGUGCUAUAAUUCACUCUCUUUGCUUCAGCCCCAAUAGAUACUGGCUCUGUGCCGCUACUGAGAAUAGUAUCAAAAUCUGGGACCUUGAAAGCAAGAGCAUUGUCGAAGAUUUGAGGGUUGAUUUGAAAAAUGAAGCUGACAAAACUGACGGAACCACAACUGCCGCUUCAAAUAAGAAGGUUAUAUACUGCACGAGCUUGUGCUGGAGUGCAGAUGGAAGCACCUUGUUUAGUGGAUACAAUGAUGGUGUGAUCAGAGUUUGGGGCACUGGGCGUUACUAGUUCGAGGAACUGUCAGUCAGCCUUUUCUUUAUCUUUUCUUGAGUAGUCUCGAAGACUUAGGAUUUUGUCUUAAAAGUGUUGCAAGUAAUUUUUGUUUCACAUGACGUGCGGUUGUUUUGGCUUUGUGGCCAAGUAAUCUUUGGUUUUUUAUCAUAAUUUUUAAUGUACACUGGCUCUCAAUCUAGUGAUUUGUAGCUGAUUCUGUUCCA